UUCAUUUUUGACACUCUCUCACAAAACUAAACCCUAGCCCCAUCUCCCCUUCAGCCUCCCUACUCUACCCAAGACCGAUGGCCGCCACCGCUCGUCCUUUGGUCUCCGUCCAGUCACUGGAAGGUGACAUGGCCACCGAUGCAGCCCCCACCGUACAAUUACCCGCCGUCAUGAAGGCUUCGAUCCGUCCCGACAUCGUCACUUUCGUUCACUCAAAUAUCUCCAAGAACAGCCGCCAGCCCUAUGCUGUCUCCAAGAAAGCCGGUCAUCAGACCUCUGCCGAAUCCUGGGGAACCGGUCGUGCCGUCUCUCGUAUCCCUCGUGUUCCCGGUGGUGGUACUCACCGUGCUGGACAGGGAGCCUUCGGAAACAUGUGUCGUGGCGGGCGCAUGUUUGCUCCGACCAAGAUUUGGCGCCGAUGGCACCGGAAGAUCAACGUGAACCAGAAGAGGUACGCUGUCGUCUCCGCCAUCGCUGCUUCCGCCAUCCCUUCCCUCGUGAUGGCACGUGGACACAAGAUCGAGAAAGUUCCCGAGUUGCCCCUGGUCGUCAGUGACUCGGUUGAGGGUGUUGAGAAAACAUCCGCUGCUUUGAAGGUAUUGAAACAGAUCGGUGCUUAUGAUGAUGCCGAUAAAGCCAAGGACAGCCAGUCCAUUCGUCCUGGAAAAGGUAAAAUGAGAAACCGCCGUUACAUUUCCAGGAAAGGCCCACUGGUUGUGUACUCAACUGAAGGCGCCAAGCUUGUUAAGGCCUUCAGGAACAUUCCUGGUGUCGAUGUCGUUAACGUUGAGAGGUUGAAUCUUUUGAAGCUUGCUCCAGGUGGACACCUCGGACGAUUUGUUAUCUGGACCAAAUCAGCCAUUGAGAAGUUGGAUUCAAUCUAUGGAACCUUCGAUAAGGGGUCUGAGAAGAAGAAGGGGUACGUAUUGCCUCGUGCCAAGAUGGUGAAUGCUGACUUGGCUAGGAUCAUUAACUCUGAUGAGGUGCAAUCUGUAGUGAGGCCGAUUAAGAAGGAAGUUAAGAGAGCACCAAUGAAGAAGAACCCACUGAAGAAUCUCAACACUAUGCUCAGGCUCAACCCGUAUGCUAAAACUGCUAGGAGAAUGUCUCUUUUGGCUGAGGCACAACGUGUUAAGGCUAAGAAGGAGAAGCUUGACAAGAUGAGGAAGCCCAUUACUAAGGAGGAGGCGACUGCAAUCAAGGCUGCUGGCAAGGCAUGGUACCAAACAAUGAUCUCAGAUAGUGAUUAUACUGAAUUUGAAAACUUCACAAAGUGGCUUGGGGUGUCACAGUAGUGUGCUUUUUGGUUUUAAAGUUGAUUAUAAGACCAUAUUUUGUUAAUCCUUUUUGUUUUGCUGUUGAACAUUUUUGUUUUAAAUUUUGCAUCGAGUCAUGGAUGAGAAUGUUUGGAAGGAAAAUGAGAGGAAAAAAUGUUACUUGGAUUUUGGUUCUUCCUUCCUAACGUUUUUUCUCAACUGUCUAGGGCAAGGAUAUUCUAUUACAAUCAUCUCUGGAGUUGAUUUAUUGUUUUUUAGCACUAUUAUGGGCGAUUUUAAGUUUAAACUUAAAAUAUAUCAAUGUUUGUUAUA